AUGGAAAUAUCGGAAAAUCACCUUAUUCAUCUACAACAAUUCCUUGAAAACAAUUUUUCACUUGUAGCGUUUGAUCAAAUAGUCAGGCAAAUGGGAAAACACAAAAUUUCAUCAAAAUAUACUCGAGAUAGACUUAAUGAAGUAUUCCUUAACAUAUUAAACCAAGAACGAGAAAAUUAUCGAAUUAAUCUCGAAUCAGAAGUUCGUAGUCUUACUAAUCAAAAGAAAAUUAUCGAAAAUAGAAUAGUAGUUAAGCAAAAAAGAAUUGAAAGACAUAUUGAUCGCGCUUUGGAAGAAAAUAGGUUUGCGCAUCAAAAAUUGGCACAACUUAAAUCGCUCCAAGCCCAAAACCAGCACAGAUUUGAAGAAGAACAGCAAAAAUACGAUAAUCAUUUCAAGAACAUUCAGCAAGAAAUACAAAAUCUUAACAAGCCCAUAUCUGUUUUGCGUGGCCGUAUUCUUGAAUUAAGAAAUGAAAUCAAUGAAAUGAGAGAUUCGCAUCUAAAUUACAUUUCUAAUGGUAAAAUCUUAAUAAAUGAACAAAAACGUACAUAUAUGGAUAGGUACAAUCAAAUUAAGAAGGAAUAUAUGAAUACUCCAGCUAUUACAGAAUAUGAUCAAAAAUUAUUCAACGAAAAGACAAAAACAUUGAAGCAAUCAGAAAGUAUCAACACAGUAUUCGAAUAUAUACUCAAUCUUCAAAAGAAGCAUAAUGAUCCAAAUCCACAAUUAUUUAAGACAGAUGAUUUCUCUCCAGCAGGUUUCAGAUUGGUAAUUAAUCAACUUGCUAGAAACAUCAAGCAAAAUUCUACUGUUGAAGCAUGCAAACUCUUCGGCGUUGAAGAUGGCAAGUUAGAAUCAGUUGUUUCUCGUUUGAAUGAGAUUAUGGAAUCAAAAUCAACAUCUUUGAGAGAGAAGUAUCGUGAAACAAUUGACAAGCAACAAAAGAGAAUAGCUAAGCUUCAGCAACAGCUUGCAAUUGCUCAGAAAGAAUUAUAUUCCCUUGGCAAACCAUCUUCAGACACAAAAAUGAUUAAUGAAAUCACAGUUGUUCAUAAAAGUUUAGCUGAAAACAUGAAUGCUACUGAUCAAAAGAUGUCUAAGCUUCAAAAACUGACAUUCAAGAACUAA